CAAGCCCAUCUCAAGACCCUCUGCAAGGCUGCAGGCUGGAAGGAAAUAGAGUGAUAAAAGAAAUCACUGCAUACACAGGAGACUCAGUACUGCUGCCCUGCUCCUGCACUGACCUCCACACCAAACCUCAGAGCUUCACAUGGGAGCAAUACAUUAAUACAUGGGUACAGAUAUCUCCUGAGAGUGAACAGUAUAAAGACAGAUUUCAGAUGGUUAAUGAUCACAGUUCAGGAAAUCUCUCUCUGCUCAUUUCAAACCUGACUAUAAAGGAUGGAGGAGAUUACAUGUGCAGCACAAAGAAUGAAUACAGAGUCAUCAGACUCACUGUUGAAGGCUGCAGACUGGAAGGAAAUAGAAAGACGACAAAACAGAUCACUGCAUACACAGGAGACUCAGUACUGCUGCCCUGCUCCUGCACUGACCUCUACACCAAACCUCAGAACUUCACAUGGGAAAAAUACAUUAAUACAUGGGUACAGAUAUCUCCUGAGAGUGAACAGUACAAAGACAGAUUUCAGCUGGUUAAUGAUCACAGUUCAGGAAAUCUCUCUCUGCUCAUAUCACACCUGACUGUAGAGGAUGGAGGAUAUUACAGGUGUAACACAGAGAGUGAACACAGAGUCAUCAGACUCACUGUUAAAGGUUGCACACUGAAUCAUGAGACAGUGGAUGUGACUGGAUAUGUGGGACAUUCUGUUCUUCUGCCCUGCUCCUGCUCUCAACUACAAGCCAAACCACAAACUCUCAAAUGGACCAUUUAUAAAGGAGGGAAUCACAAAGAAAUCUUUUCAAAGGACCAGACAAAUCACUACACACACAGAGUUCAGAUCAUUAAUGAUCAUCAUCCAGGAAAUCUCUCUCUACUCAUAUCACACCUGACUGUAGAGGAUGGAGGAUAUUACAGGUGUGACAUCAUCAACAGCGUAAAGGACAUCAAACUCACAGUAAGAGAUGCAACACCAGGUCUGGUGACCAAAAGCUACACAAAUCCACAGUCUGAAACACCUGAACAAAAUUCAAAACACAUCAUCAUCAUCAGCUGUGGUGCUGUUGUGGUUCUGCUGCUGCUGAUUGUUGGAGGAGUCAUGUACUGGAAACACAGAGGACAGAGAAGAGAACAGAUGGGUGAAGGACAAACAGGACAGAAGACGCAGAAGAAGCAGGAUCUUACCAAACCUCUGAACUCAAAUGUAACAUCAGAACCAACUUAUGAAGCAGUGCACGAUCAGAAUGAUUCUGCUGUUCUGUAUGCAUCGAUAAAUUGUCCACCUAAAGACACCAAAGCAGAAGAAAAGGAUGAUGUGACGUACUCGACUGUAGUCCACAAGAACAUUCCAAGAGCAGCACUCCCUCUAGUGGAAUCAGGAGAUACUACAUUAUAUGCCAGCAUCAAAACUAAUUAACACACACACACACACACACACACACACACACACACACACACACACACACACACACACACACACACACACACACACAUUAUUAUUAUAUUUUUGUUACUCUACACAUGUAUACAAUCUAACAU